AUGCUACAAAAGUUUGGGUUUGGCAACAAAUGUUGUGAAUGGAUUGAAGCAUGUAUAUUCAACAGCUCUGUGUCAAUUUUGGUUAAUGGUUCUCUGACAAAGGACUUCUGGACCAAAAGGGGUUUACGACAAGACGAUCCGUUAUCACCUUUCUUAUACACUUUGAUCGCGGAAGGGCUGGUUGGAAUGGUUAGGAUGGCGGUUGAAGGUGGCAGAUUCGAAGGUUAUAAGGUAACAGACAAUCUUAAUAUCAAUUUAUUGCAAUUUGCAGACGACACUAUUGUGGUUGGGACUGGCUGCUGGAACAAUUUGUGGAGCAUCAAGGCAAUCUUUCGGGGGUUUAAAAUUGUGUCGGGACUGAAGGUUAACUUUUUCAAAAGCAAAAUCUAUGGAGUAAACAUUCCAGAGGACUUCAUGGAAGGCGCUUCACAAUUCCUGUGCUGCUGCUGGGGUAACAUUCCUUUUAAAUUUUUAGGAAUUCCGAUAGGGACGAAUCCUAGGAGAUGUUUGUCAUGGAAACUCGUUUUGGAGAGCAUCAAGAGAAAGCUCUCAACAUGGAAGGCUAGAAAGUUAUCUUUCGGGGGAAGGGUGACUUUACUGAAUUCGGUUCUAUCAAGCAUCCCGAUUUACGUUAUGUCAUUUUACAAAGCUCCAAUCAAGAUUAUAAAGAAAAUCAUCCAAAUUCAAAGCAGAUUUCUAUGGUGUGGGGAUGAGGAGAAGAGAUGCAUAAGUUGGGUGAGUUGGCACAAUAUUUGCAAACCAAAAGAGGAAGGUGGCCUUCGAAUAAGACAUAUCGGGCUAUUUAAUAACACUCUUUUAUGUAAUUUGGUUUUUCAACUCAGUUCUGGAGAUGGUAUUUUUUUCUGGUUCAACAAAUGGGCGGGCGAUUUUACCCUCAAGGAUCGUUUCCCUGCACUGUUUAUGUUAUCCUCAAAUCAGGAAGCAGUAGAAGCCAUUGAGCUAAUAGAGGUUCUAUCCACGGCAAAACCUCACGGGGCGGACAAGGACAAGGUCAAAUGGGGUUCUUCGCAAGACGGUGUUUUCUCAGUUAAGAGUUGCUAUAGUUUGUUCCGGGAUAGAGGUCUUGAAGACGUCAUAACAAGCGACACACAAAUGGCAUUGGAGAUGAUUUGGGAAACUAACAUUUCGUCGAAGCUAAAGGUGUUCGGUUGGAGAGUAAUUCUAAAUAGAUUACCUUCUAAGGAUCAAUUAGUGAAAAGAGGAAUUAUUACUACGGACGAGGACAAGAUUUGUGCUCUGUAUAGUGUUGAUUUUGAAGAUUUGGAUCACUUACUUUUCAGAUGCAGUUUUAGUCAAAAUGUUUGGAGCAACAUUCAUAUGUGGCUGGGCUUGGAAAAUAUGGGACAACAUGUUGGGGUAAAUAAUCUGUUACGGUUCGAACAAGCGCUGAAGGGGAAGAUUAAAACAAAGAAGAUUUGCCUCAUUUGGUUGGCAACGACUUGGGCAAUUUGGAACGCGAGAAAUAAGCUGAUUUUUCAAGAGGAAGGUAUCGUAUUGGACGACGUCAUAUGGAACAUCAAAACUGUAGCUUGGAUUUGGCACGCUAUCGGCAAUAGAGGUUCUAGAUGCACUAUUUUGUAUAAUUGGUUACAUUCUCCUCUAGAUUUUCUGUGUUCUGAUUAA